AAUCAGCAGCCAGCACCAGGCUGCUCUAGCUCACAGGGAUGCUCCCGCUGGAAACUGAACUUCUGAGAGGCUCCAGUGUGAGUAUGGGCACGCAGAUGCGGCUCCCAGCUGCACAGCGACUCUCAGGAUAAGGACUCUGAAAAGACCCUAAAUGAAUAAGGCUGAAACGAAAACUGCAGCGAGAACAAAAGCAAACGGUGGACUGGUCAACUGAGAAUGAACAUUCAGAAGCCCGGGUGUCUUAAGAGAUAAGGAGCAGAGCGGAGCCCAGAAGAGACCAACAACUCCUUUGCAAGCCCCGCAGCUGCUUCUGACUGCGCUCACAGCAGGCGCCAAGUGCAGCCUCCCAACUUCCACAAACACACACGUACAGCCUGGGAGAAAAUCACCGGAGCUUCUCUGACCCAGGAGGUUGGAUCAAUUCAAGGAGAAUUCGAAUCCAGCUGCUGCAGGAAGAUGAACUCCACCCACCACCAUGGCAUGUAUACUUCCCUCCACCUCUGGAACCGCAGCAGCUACGGGCUGCACGGCAAUACCAGCGAGUCCCUGGGGAAGGGGUACUCUGAUGGAGGAUGCUAUGAGCAACUUUUUGUGUCUCCCGAGGUGUUUGUGACUCUGGGUGUCAUAAGCCUGUUGGAGAACAUUCUAGUGAUCGUGGCCAUCGCCAAGAACAAGAAUCUGCACUCGCCCAUGUACUUUUUCAUCUGUAGCCUGGCUGUGGCAGAUAUGCUGGUGAGCGUUUCAAACGGGUCGGAAACCAUCGUCAUCACCCUGUUGAACAGCACAGAUACGGACGCGCAGAGCUUCACCGUGAAUAUUGAUAAUGUCAUUGACUCUGUGAUCUGUAGUUCCUUGCUUGCGUCCAUUUGCAGCCUGCUUUCCAUUGCCGUGGACAGGUAUUUCACUAUCUUUUACGCCCUCCAGUACCAUAACAUUAUGACGGUUAAGCGGGUAGCAAUCAUCAUAAGUUGUAUCUGGGCGGCUUGUACGGUGUCGGGCAUCCUCUUCAUCAUAUACUCGGACAGCAGCGCUGUCAUCAUUUGCCUCAUUACCAUGUUCUUCACCAUGCUGGUUCUCAUGGCCUCUCUCUAUGUCCACAUGUUCCUGAUGGCGAGGCUUCACAUUAAGAGGAUCGCUGUCCUCCCUGGCACUGGUACCAUCCGUCAGGGUGCCAACAUGAAGGGGGCAAUUACACUGACCAUCCUGAUUGGGGUCUUCGUGGUCUGCUGGGCCCCUUUCUUCCUCCACUUACUAUUCUAUAUCUCUUGCCCUCAGAAUCCAUAUUGUGUGUGUUUCAUGUCUCAUUUUAACCUGUAUCUCAUCCUGAUCAUGUGUAAUGCCGUCAUUGACCCCCUCAUUUAUGCCCUCCGGAGUCAAGAACUGAGGAAAACCUUCAAAGAAAUCAUCUGCUUCUACCCCCUGGGAGGCAUCUGCGACUUGUCUGGCAGGUAUUAAGUGGGGACUGAGUGCAUACUAGGCAUACUGGGACCCUGCAGACUUUCUCACGCUGGCACACCUGAGCAAUGUGCUUUGGCAACAGCUGCUUCUCCUGUGUAUUGCUUUGGUUGAAAGUGUCUACUGUUUAAGUUUCAGUUUAUGGCUUUUGAUAUGAAAAAGUCUGAGCCUGCUAUUUUUAAUGUUAUGUGCUACUUUUUGGUUUGUCAAGUGCUAAUCUAUGUUCUAUAUUGUGGCCGCUGUGAAUUUACAAAAAGGGGGGGGGGGGAGAAAGACAUCCUUAUUAAAAGUUUACCAAUGUCUCUUUCCUGUUAUUUAUCAAGAUUCAACACUUGUCUUUUCUGUAGUGACAGAAGUCAGAACCUUAUUAAAUAUGUUCUCAACUGUUUCAUGCAUCACCCCCACAGGACUGCAGAAGCUUGAUUCCACUGUUUAUGGGGAAAAUGUUUAAAAACUAGAUGCUCGAUCAUUCUGUAAGCCAUCCCCACCAGUGAAAUUUCAAGCAACUUAAU